UCCACAUACAGGAAGUUAGUUUUCUUGGACUGCUGCAGCCUCGCAGUGUCCGUGGAGAUCAGGAACUCCAGCUGUGGGGAACGGAGUCUUUAUUACACAUCACACGUUCUGUAUUCUCUCUGAUUCACAAAGGAUGGACAAGGACAGGAGUCACAGGACUGAGAGUAUAGUAGAAAUCACCCUGGAGAUCAUCUACCUGCUGACUGGGGAGGAUUACAAAGUAGUGAAGAAGACAUCCAAUGAGUGUGAGAUACUCAACAGCCAUCCCCGUGUGUCAGGAGGACUGAGUAGAACCCAGAGCCCCAUCCCAGUGCCUCCACCUCUCUCACUAAUACAUGAGAGACACAAUGACCAAAAGAUCCUGGAACUCACCAACAAGAUCAUUCAGCUGCUGACUGGAGAGGAGGUGGAGUGUAUAGAGGAACACAGAGGUCUGUACAAGGACGUGAUGAUGGAGAAUCACCGGCCCCUCAUAUCACUGGAUGGGCCCAGUAACAGAGAUACCCCAGAGAGAUGUCCCCAUCCUCUGUAUUCCCAGGACUGUACAGAGGAGCAUCACAGGAUCCCACAGGAGGAUCAGGGUGAAGCCCAAUUAAAUAAUAUUAAAAUCAAAGAUACAGAGGAAGAAGAAGAGACGUAUGUGACUGAUAAGAAGGCAGAAGAUAUAGAGGGAGAAGAAGAGACGUAUGUGACUGAUAUAAAGGCAGAAGAUAUAGAGGGAGAAGAAGAGACGUAUGUGACUGAUAUAAAGGCAGAAGAUAUAGAGGGAGAAGGAGAGACGUAUGUGACUGAUAUAAAGGCAGAAGAUACAGAGGGAGAAGAAGAGACGUAUGUGACUGAUAUAAAAGCAGAAGAUAUAGAGGGAGAAGAAGGGACGUAUGCGACUGAUAUAAAGGCAGAAGAUAUAGAGGGAGAAGAAGAGACGUAUGUGAGCGGUGAUCAGCAGUGUAAGGAGGAGGAGAUCCCUACAGAUAUCAGCACAGAUUACGGCCAUACUCCACAGGAUACGCCUGAUCUCGUCUGAUCUUGGAAGCUAAUCUGUGGCAGGCCUGGUCAGUAACUGUGUGGGGGACCAGCAGUGAACACCAGGUGCAGUAAACAACCCAGCUG